CGUGAAUCUCGUGAAUCUUGUCUACCACCUGCAUGGAGAUCGUCGGUAUUGGGGAUGAAUGAAGAUAUUCUCGCGACUUUCAAGUCUGAUCGACUCGGAUUUGCGUGCCGAGGGAUGUGGACAAUACAAAUGGCAGGCAAAAUCGACAAUUUGAGGCUCAUCUUUGAUGGGAUUAUGGAGGCAUCUGCAAAGGCACACAACGUCCACUGCAACUCAAGCGGCUCGAUCUCCCCAGCCCACCGCGCAGCUCCUCUGGCUUGGUGGUGUAGAUGAGAUUGGACGCGCCCAUCAAGCUUCUGUGGACGGCGAGGAAGGGAAAUGCGAAGCAGAUGCUCACGCCUUCGACAUCAUCGCCGCACCACUUGCCUGAGGGCUGGCUGCUCGUUCAACUUACUAAUCACACUCAGGCGACAACUUCCCAUAAAUGGGGCUUAUGGCGGUGGUCUUGCAACACUGCACCUUUGCUGCCACACGUCAAUGAAGGAAUCAGUGUCCGAGCCUUAUCGAUGUAUCGCGCCUUCACCAUCUACCCACUUCUUCGCGAACUUUGAGUCACGAAUGUUAUAUUGUGCGCUAAUGGACCAAACGCCAGACUAGAGAUCAAUGGGUGGGUACACUUGACUUCUUGGAGCGAGUGGGCGUCAUGUCCGAAUGCUCGAGCUAUGCAGCCUCCAGCAGCAAGGCUUUGCAUCUUGGAGUGGUUCAGAAGACCGAUGCAAGACGCCGCCUCCGUGCUACACACACGCGUCAGA